AUGGCGGAAGUAACGGGCUGUUUUUCGCAAAGGAGCACUGAGAUUGGUAUCCCAAACGUCAACGUUACCAUAGCAACUGCGCUCCUGAAGCUCUCGCUGGUGUUCUCGCUGCUGAUCUCGGCCACUGAAAAAGUGCUGAAGGCGAACUCGUGCACUGGCGACCUGGCCGAGCUGAGAGAGGCCGAGAACGCCCUGUACAGCGUGGUCCGGAAGGCGCAGUCGUCGCACGCGGACCCCGACCAGGUCUGGUUCCGUCUACGCGAUUUCGAGGACCACAUGACCGCGGUCAGCGGCGACCUCUGGUACGAACUGCUCGUGAAAAAUCUCGCCGGCAGCAGCGUUCGCGUGGACGCCAACGACACGGUCGUGGCGCACAGCGGCCGCCUUCUCUCGGCGCUCGACUCGCUCUUCGCCGCGUACGCCGGGGCGCCAGAGAAGCUCCUGGAAGGCUUGGCGUGGCUCCUGGUCGAGCACUUCCUGUGGGCCGCCGCCGAGACGCCGAGCCUGCGCUUCUCCAAGGCUCACUUGGCGCUGCUGUCGAGGAGGGCCGCCUGCAUCGACCUCGUCGACAAUCGCCUCGGCCUGCGCAGCGCGGCGGGCUGGUUGCGCCGGCGCUUCAACGCCACCCACCGGGCCGCCCUCGACGCCUUCCUGGGCGUGCUGGUGGAGACGCUGCGAGACAGUCUCGAGGGUCUCUCCUGGAUCGACCGAGGCGCUCUACGCGAGGCGCAGCUGAAGCUGUCCAACCUGACCUUCGACGUACUGCCGGGUGACGCGUUCUUCAGCGCCGAAGGGGUGACCGACCUGUUCGGCGACUUCGACGCGGCGGCCGGCAACGCGGGUGAAGAAGCGAGCUUCGUCGGCUACUUCUUCCGGUUCUCUGAGACGCUCCGCGGCUACCUGGGCAGCGACCGCUACGAAGACGUCUACCGCAGGCGGUUCGAGCAGGCGGAUGCGAGGCCGGCCGAGUACCUCUACUAUACCAACUCGCUGCGGGUCUCCCUGGCAGCCCUGGUUUCGCCGCUGUACAAUACCGACGGCACGUACGCGAUGAACUACGGCGGCUUGGGCUCCUACGUGGCACGCGAGCUUAUCCGCGUAUUCGACGACGUCGGCACCCUCGUCGACUACGAGGGACGACCCGGUGCCUGGUGGGGGUCCGCCAAAUCGGCCGUGUACAAGGAGAAACUCUCGUGCAAGUUCGACCACACGAGCUCCUCCGGCGACACCGUGGCGGACACCGCGUCUGCCGGAGAGGGCGGCGACGGCCGACUCCAGCUGAUGCCCCACAUGCCCGCUCUGGAGACCGCCUACCGCGCCUACAAGCGCGCCGCAGCCGCGGACCUGGUGACCAACGUCGACGUGAUGCACCUGCCCAACCUGGAGGACUACACCGACGACCAGGUGUUCUUCCUCACCUACUGCCACGUGUUGGGAGCACCGAAGGGAGACCGCGACGCGCAGAGGCUCUGCAACGUGCCUCUGAGGAACUUCCGGUCUUUCGCCAAGGCCUUCCGGUGCCCACUCGGUUCGCCGAUGAACCCCGAGAAUAAGUGCACCUUCUUCGACUCGUCGGACAAAACCGAAAAUUCUCCACGGGACGUUACGGGCGCCAAGUAUGGGCGCUACACUAAUGGCUAG